CUAAAUUGAAAUAUUUUUUAUUAACUACCAAUACUUCUACUAUAACCGUGAAGAAAAUCAUUGGUACGGCGUUUGUCGCGUAAUUAGUGUAUAUUUCCAACUCUAAAUUUAUACACAACUUAAAUUAAAAUGGCCAAACGAACCAAGAAGGUUGGAGUCGUAGGAAAGUAUGGUACCCGUUAUGGUGCUUCCUUGAGAAAAAUGGUAAAAAAAAUGGAAAUAACACAACAUGCUAAAUAUACAUGUGUAUUUUGUGGCAAAGAAACCAUGAAAAGGACAUGUGUUGGAAUCUGGAAAUGCAAAGCCUGUCAGAAGACUGUUGCUGGAGGAGCAUAUGUGUACAGCACAACAGCUGCUGCAACAGUGAGAAGUGCUGUCAGACGUCUUCGUGAAAUGAAGGAACAAUAAAAUAGUUGUAUAGAAAAAUAAAGCGUUGUCUCUUUUUUUUAUUGUUA